AUCAGCCAAGAUCGCACCGCCUCCAAUCUUAGACGGCAAGCCCACUUCUCAGUCAGCAUUCAGCUGCUUCAUCGACCGCCCACUAUUGGAUACAGCAACAACAACACAGUCUAUCUCAACGCAAGCAUUGCCACUUUCGCAGGAACAGGAUAACGCUGACUGCUAGAUUGAACCCUACUCGCCCUAUUUAUCACGCCUCUAUCGUGUGCUGUACAGCGGAAGAGCCAACCAAACACGGAACUCGAUAGCAAUAUUUGUCUGCGUUCAUCUUAUCAUGAAGAGUUUCACCUUCCGGCAAUAUCGCCGGUCCCCAAAAGAAGAUCCGAAGGAGUCGGCUGGUGAAUCCAAAGAUAAGGACAACGCCACGUACCUCAAACGGAGGGAACAAGUGCGACGGGCGCAACGGACUCACCGGGAACGGAAAGAAGCAUAUAUAAAGUCUCUCGAGAAUGAGGUGCUGCAACUCCGCACGAACGAGGCCAAGAUUCUCCAGGAAACCCGGGGCUUAUAUACCGAGGUCGGGAGGCUCAAAAGGAUCCUCGAACACCAUGGAAUCCCAUAUGCGGCGUCGCAAGACUACAGUCUACCCUCACAGCUUUCAGACAGUCCAAAUGCUCCAAGUUUAUCGUCUGUGAGCAUCCUUUCGAACCCGCACCAACAGCAACAGCUGCACAUCGGCGGGCCUGAACAGCGUGGCAGUAGCCCCUUCUAUCUUACUGAGAGCGAUGGAAGUCCACCAACUGGCUCUUCAAAGAGUCCUCGUAGGAAGAGAUCUUUUUUCAGGAGUCGAGGGCGGUCUGACACUGAAUCUAAUGAGGACAGUAGUACAUCUGGCCAAGGACUUUCAACUACUAACCAGCUAACUAUUUCUGCCUCCAACCUAAGUUUGCGUGACAUGGAUCAAACGAAUGUCGGCAUGGAGUUCGUUUUAACUCUCGAAGCCCCCUGCCUCCACCACACGCAAGGCGAUCCCCACGAACCGCAUCUCCCCUCAGGCCACGCCCUGACCGCCUCAGCCCCUCUCCUCUUCCAAAACCCCACGCAGCCCGUAAUAACCACCUCCACAAAAUCCCCCUCCUGGGAAGCCCCCCACCUUGGUCUCGAGAAACUUCUCAACCUUUCCUCUAACUUCGAGCUCUCCGAUGAGUUGACGCCCGUGCAAGCCUGGCAUCAGAUCCGCUCGCACCCAGAUUUCGAAAGCAUAGAAGUGCCGAGCUUGCGCCGAUUGACGGAAGAUAUGUUGAAGCAUGUGAAAUGUUAUGGGUUUGGUGCGGUUAUCGAUACCGAGACAUUUGAGGGCUUGGUGGGGAAUUUGUUUGGAGGGCAGGGGUUCAACUUUGGGUUUAUGGGUGCAGUGGUUUGAGAUGGAUAGAGGACAAAGGAUAGGGUUGUUG